CGAGAACCUGACGUCACUCGAGGCGCAGGGUGAAAGGUCAAACGCGCCCUACGCACUUCCUUUAUUGUCCGUGGCGGCCAUCGAACAGCAUCGCGAUGGGCAAGUUUAUGAAACCUGGGAAAGUGGUUAUGGUCCUUGCAGGGCGUUAUGCAGGACGCAAAGCUGUCAUCGUAAAGAAUGUAGAUGAUGGCACAUCUGACAGGCCUUACAGCCAUGCACUUGUGGCUGGAAUUGACCGCUACCCACGCAAAGUUACCACAAAUAUGGGCAAAAAGAAAAUUGCAAAGCGAUCCAAGAUCAAGUCUUUUGUCAAGGUCUACAACUAUAACCACCUGAUGCCUACCCGAUACUCUGUUGAUAUUCCAUUGGACAAAACCAUUGUCAACAAGGAUGUAUUCAGAGAUCCUGCCCUGAAACGCAAAGCCAGGCGGGAGGCAAAGGUUAAGUUUGAAGAGAGGUACAAGACUGGCAAGAAUAAGUGGUUCUUCCAAAAGCUCAGAUUCUAAGUUGUUUCCGCAUUAUUGUAAAAAUAAAUGUAUAAACACCA